AGGAGGAAAACGCUGAAGAGAACGCUGAGUAACCUGCCCAUGGUAACAGUGCGGCCUCGCAUCAUAGAAUUUGAAUCAAAGGAGUCUCAUUGUAAGAUUUGCAUCAUUACAGAGGAAGCACUUUACCCCUGACCUACGUCACCCACAUCGAUACAGCUGGGCGCAUGCGCACUAUAAAGCGCGCGCACGCGCAGAGGGUUCUGCAGUGCGGCAGUGAGCAGUUCGCAGAGGCGGGGACGGGCGAUGCCUGGCAGCGAGCAGUGAGGAGCGGGCAGCGGCGCGAUGGAGCGAGCCAGGGAUCGCUUACACCUGAGAAGAACUACAGAGCAGCACGUGCCAGAGGUAGAAGUCCAAGUGAAACGUAGAAGGACAGCCUCCUUGAGCAACCAAGAGUGUCAGUUGUACCCGAGGCGUUCUCAGCAGCAGCAAGCUCCUGUGGUGGAUUUCCAAGCGGAGCUGAGACAGGCGUUCUUAGCUGAGACCCCGAGAGGUGGUUAAAGAGUAUUGGAACAUUAAGACUCCACCUGCUGUCUGUGAAACUUGUGAACACCUUGCAUUGUCUCUAGGAGAACCUACAUCGUACCUUUAUAGCUGUCCCCUAGGUAUUAAGGAACCUGAAAUUUUAUCAUUGACGCUGGAUUUGGUGGAACAGCAAUCAUG